CCACUUGCUGUCAUGGCAACCCACCUUGUUUACUUCAACACCUGUCCACCGGCUGUGAAGGUCUCUCAGAAAACAACCUCUCUAUAAAAUCAAACUUUUCCGGAAAACCAGUCUCUAAAAAAAUCGAAAUGGUGAACUUUGUAUAUCCGGAGGAGCUAUACCUCUUCGUCGAAAGCAUCCGCCCGUUUCAGGUGCGCGAUGUAGGCACCUCCAAGUGGCUGGAGGUGCAUGAGAUGGUCAUAAAGCUGAGCCAGCAGGCGGCCCUGGAGUUGGCUCAGAAUCGCGAGGAGGAGGUUAAGGAGUUCCUCAUCUCGCGGGACAAGUUGCGUCUGCUGAUCCACGAGGCCUACUGUGUGACCUUGUGGAAGACCCGUGUGCUACCCCAUCUCCUGGAGAUUGAUCCCAAUCCGCAGGCCACAUUCCUUAUCUAUACGGUGCUGUAUCACGAGGCCUCCGUGGUGGCUCUCCUGGACAUGUGUCUGUACCAUCCCAGUGGCUGCGAGACACUGCAAGAGUCCGUUAUGGAUCUGGUGGACUAUUGCGCCCAGGCAGUGGCUCAGGUAAUUGGCUUGGUCAGCAUGGGCUACCACGAGAACGAGUCUAAAAUGGACGUGGAUGAGGCAGUGCUCACCGAGCUGGAGCGCCAGAAGCGUGAUCUCAUCUACAAGAUUGGGCUGCGCUGCAUCUCGAUUCUUAACUAUUUGGCGGAUAACCUGGCACUCUUCCACCUGAGCGCCGCUCGCCGCAUGCUAGUGACCCACGACAUACCCUGGCUGAUGGUGGAUGUCCUCUGCUUCCGUCCCUGGCAGCGAAAGACCAGCAAGGGACUGCAGAAAUUCAUCGAUGAGAAGUGGACAAACGUGGAGGAUUCCGCCAAGAUUGUAAAGCCGGAGGCCCAGGCCUGGUUCUGUGUGAGGCAGCUACUCCUGAAUGCCCAGGCCAUGGAGAACUAUGCCCUGAAUGAGGCACGUUGUCAGCAGUUGAGCAAGCUCCUGGGCCUGAUGCACGAGACCCUCCUGGACCAACUGCCUCCACUCAUCGAUCUGAAGCAGUUCCUCAGUCGCCUCACUCUCAGCGGCAACACAGCCUCCAAACAGCAGACACUCCUGCUCGAAGACGUUCCCCAGAUUCAGGAGGAGCUAAUGAAGGAGGUGCAUAAAGACGGUGGAUUCUACCAAAUAGCCCAAGCUCAGGACUCUGUGUUUCUCAGCAAGAACAGGGCAGACAUAUGCGCCUUGGCCAGUCGCCUGAGUGGCGCCUAUGGCACCGACCUGCUCUGCGAAUUAGAGCAGAAUCUUGAGGAUCUUAAGUUGGGGGAACCGCAGGACACCCAGGCUGGUGGCGACGCAGAGCCGGAUCACAACAGCUGUGCCAUGUGCCAGGCUAAGGCCAAGAAAAAGUGCGCCAAUUGCAAGCAGGUUUACUACUGCUCCCGCGACUGCCAGCUAAAGGAUUGGCCACAGCACAAGGAACUAUGCCUCAAGAAGUAACUCGACUUCAUAUGCAAUUUAUAAAUUUAUAUAAAUAUUCACCGCUUGCUUAAAAUAGAACAUUCCAAAAAUGUAA